CCACCUGACUGCAACCGGAGAAGUGAACAAGCGGGGGGGGGCAUCUCUUAGCGACUCUGGGGAAACCUCCGCGACCGCAACACGCGACCCAACCACCGGCUACCGAACAUCAAAGGCCGGUUCGUUGGACCUCCUCCGUACCUCCAUCGGCGCAUGUCCGUACAUCCCUCCACUUGCCUCCCCUACCUACCACCGUCUGCACCGGUCUCAGGCGGGCGUGUGAUCCAGAAGCAAACGUGCGGACAGCCGACUUGGACUAGAAACCACCCCCAACUUCCUCCGAUCCGGAACAGGCACCGGCACCGUCCCUUGACACAUCACCGGCAGCCUACCUGCUGCCUAUAGUUCUUUUGCGAUGGACGAAUCUUCGCUAGUCAAGGCGCAUGACCACGCCAAAGCAGCCUCCAACGCCCAACACCAGUCCGAGACGACGGUAGCAAUCAACGAACACGCCCUCGCCGCCGGCGAGUUUGCCAACGCCGCUCGCGCGACCUCGAGCAUCGAGGCCUUGCGCACCCUAAAGCUCCUCGAAGAACACCACCAGCGCCUCGCCGAACUCCUAAAGAUACCCUAUGACCGUCGCGCCGCCGCCGCUAGUCAGAACCCCUCCUCCGAGACCAUCGACGAGAAGCAGGAAUCGCAAGCCUCCGAUGCCACGAGCGAUGCUUCCUCACCCGAUGAUGGUCGUACCAAGUCCGGAUCAGGCCAGCAGCCCACCGGCGCCGGCAGCCCAGUUGCUACCGUAAAGGGAGUUCCGUCCCUGGCGGCGCAACAGCGCCGGUACCCGAGCCGCGAAAUGACCUCUUCAAUCGCGAGCAACCUCGCCUCGGCGCGAGGCAUCCGCGGAAGCAGAAACCGGAGCCAGCCCAUCCCGCCGAGCGUUACAAACGACCAGGCGCCGGGCAACAUGGAAGUCCAAGCCCGCAGAGACGGAUCGAGGACAAAGAUGCAAAACGUCCUCGACCGGUCCGGCAAACCAGGCUGGAUCCCCCCAACCGGCACCAACGACUCCCCACGAAGGGAAUCCGAACCCAAAAAGACGGAAGAAGUCGCCUCGCCGGCCAGCGACGACGGAUACUCCCGCUUCUACAGCACCUUUGGCAACAUCAUCAACCGCCUCUCCGCGCCCCUCGCGUUCGCAGGCCUACCCCUCAUCACCGAAGAAUCUUCUUCGUCCACCUCAUCUUCCAUCCCAGGACCCGUCGAACCGCCCGCAGAACCGGCCCCGGCAAAGCGCAACAGACUCAAACUCUCCCCAGCCGCCCCCGCCGAACCAGACCUCUCAAAAAUCUACUCCCGCGCCACCCUCCGCGCAAUCUCGGCAAACAACCCCAACGACUCCUUCUACGUCGUCCCGACGAGCGGGCACACAAUGUCCUACGCCAACAUCCUCAACUUUGCAGACAAGGAGAAGCGCCGCCUCGAGGCCUCGCUCCACAGCGGCCUCGGUGGAGGCGGAGGCGGAGGCGGCAGCGGCGCAGGUGACAGCCUCAUCGAAGACGACGAAGACGACUUUGUCGACGCGCGCGAGUCUCCGUCCGUGAUGGCGCCAACCUCCCCCGGCGUCCGAAGACGCAACGCCAAACCUCGGACAGAACAGAACCUCAAAAACACAGUCGAGGAACUCUACCUCGAAAACAGGGGCCUCAAAGACAUGCUCGACAAGCUCAGCAAGCGGCUCCACGCCUUCGAGGCCACAGCGCAGAAUUCGAGUCUGGCGCUGGCGGAGAGUAUUCGUCUUCGACGGCCUGGGUCGCCUGCGUCAGCGGGGGUGACCGCUACCCCUUUUACUACCGGUGGUGGUGCUGGUGCUGGCGUCGGCAUGUCGAGUACCGACACCGUGUUAAAGGCGCGGAACAAGGAGUUGGAAGAGCAGAUGGCCAUGGCGAUGCAGCGCAUGGAGGCGCUGGAGAAGGAGAACCGCACAAUGGCGCGGACGCUAGAAAAGUAUCGCGAAAAGUGGGAGAAGUUGAAAGCUGGUGCCAAGGCGAGGCGUCAGGCGCAAGGGGGGGCAGGGGAGAGUGCCGAGGCGGAUGAGGCUGCUGCUGCUGCUGCUGCUGCUGCGAGUUGA